CGCGCCUAUAUAUGUCCACAAAAGGAAAGGAAGACUGGAAAGGCAGCUGUGAAUCUGUGAUCAUCUUCUUUCGUUGUUGUCAACUCGGAGAACAAGUACGGAAUGGGCCGCAAGAAGAUCGAAAUAAAGAAAAUUGAAAAAAAGAAAGCCUUGGAGGUUACCUUCUCGAAGCGCCGAACUGGGCUCUUCAAGAAGGUCGGCGAUCUCUGCAGUUUGUGCGGUGUGGAGGCCACUGUGAUCGUCUUCUCUCCGGCGGGGAGGCCCUUCGUCUUCGGGCACCCCUCUGCUGACUCCGUGAUCGAUCGCUUCCUUCACCAGGAGCCGCAUUCAAGUGCGAGUAUGGGAUGUGGGAAGAGGCAGUGCUUGGGGGCUCCGGAAAGGCUGCAAGUUGGGGGGGAGAGAGAAGAGGCGCCGGCGAUGGGAAAUAGGGAAGAUGGGUUUUGGUGGGCGGGUGGAGGACAAGGGAAUGAGCGUGGCCAGAGACAAUGCUUGGGGGUUCCGGAAAGGCCGGAAGUUGGGAGGGAGAGAGAAGAGGCCGCGGUGAUCGGAGAUGGGAAAGCUGGGUUUUGGUGGGAUGCGCCAAUUGAGAAUAUGGGGUUGUCUGAGCUGGAGCGCUUCAAGGCUUCCAUCGAAGAGUUCCGGGAGAAGGUGGCGGAUCGAGUGGAGGAGAUGACGAUGAUGAUGAUGGAGAGUGGCCCUUCUAAUGCUAUGGCUGAAUAUGCAACACCGCCUGGACCCCAACCUCAACACCAAUUCCAAUGCCAGCCCCACGAGCACGAUUCUUCUCCUCUUCUUGAUGGCGUCCCGUAUGGUUUCCCGUCCCCUAUGGUUUCGAAUUUGGAUAUUGAUUUUGAUAUUGAUUUUGAUUUUGAUUUUGAGUUUGAUGAAGUCCUUUUCUGAUGGGACGAUUCGUCCAACCCCAUACAAAUUUGGUACUGCAUUCCCUUGAUUCUUUUUCCUAACGGUAAAAUCAAGAUUGCAGCAAGAUCUUCCUUGUAAGAAUAUUCUUCAUAAUUACAUGAAUAGUACAGUUACAAAUUCAAAUA